AUGAGAGUUCUUUGUGUCCUUUGGUUCUGCAGUUGCUGGAUCGGUCCGAGUCAAGAGAUUAUCCCAACGGAGCGUUAUCCCGAUGGCUGGCCGCAGCGUCAGUAUGCGACGCUGCUCCACAGAGCCAUUGUCGAUGGCUUAGAUAUGUUUAUACCCAAUGGUGUGGCGAUAUCCCAUGACAAUGUUGGGGCUUCCUUGGAUAUUUUGUUUCACGGCUCCAACGGCUCCACAGCGGAGGAAGUGCGCAAAGCAAUGAACCAACCCGAGAUAGAACAGUUGGGUAUCCAAAGUCCAACUUCUGGUAGUCACUUUAAAGAGCUAAGGUACAUCGGAGUUUACGUGCCACCCGAACUAAACCUAAGCUCAGGGUAUGUGCAAAAGAUUCGUGAUAUGGGAGUGGAUCUGGUGUCUACCCAGCCGAUUCGCACGAUGCGCAGAUUGGCGAGGAAGCUGUGGCAGCUGAGCCCGAGCCUCAGCACACUGAUCGAUAGGAACGACUUGCCCUUUGACCUGCAAAUUCAACCCGAAACCUUUAUUGUGACAGGAGCGGCCUUCUCGGCCGAGUGGGACAAUGCUGGCUUCCACCGCGAGAACCGACGCAUGCGCGAGUUCAACGUGGACAAGAGACGGCGCACCUACGUGGACACCAUGUACAGUUUGUCCAGGAGGCGUCAGGUGGCUCGACUCAGCAACUUGCGAUCGACAAUGCUGCUGUUGCCACUCGCAAAUAGUUCGGUAAAGUUCAUGGUGAUUCUACCACGGAAGCUGGAGGGAUUGCGACAGCUCGAACAGGAGCUGGAGUUUGUGGAUCUGCGCCGCUUGCUCCAGUCCGAAAUGGAAACGGUAGCGUACGAUGUUCGCCUACCCAUCAUCGAUCUCACGACACACAUCCAACUGGCCCGUGGUAUGGACCACUUGGGCAUUCAGAGAGCCUUCCAGCGUGAAGAAGCCGACUUCAGUCGCGUAACUGGCCAAGCAGAGGGUCUUUGGGUGCGCAGUAUGCCACAUUACACCAAGCUGGAGUUGAAUGAGAACGGCAUCAACUUGAAGCAGCCGCUUGCAGAUCGGAACAGAGAAAUAAGCAGGCACAAUGCCGGGAGAUCAGCGAAUCACUUCUUUGCCUCGCAUCCCUUCUUUUUUGCCCUGCUCUCGACGAGAGGAAGAUCUAUGCCACAGGUCGCUAUGGACAGAUUAUGGUUCAACCCGAUGAUGUGUGAGUAA